AUGGAGUGGGCCCUGGAAAUUGAUCUCCAUGCCCCUGGGUCUGGAACAUUUUGGAUGGGAAGGGCAUCCUACACGCUAUCCAUACAGGGCCAGAAACAGGUGAUUCACCUGAAGGUGAAGAAAGGCUAUUUUGUGAGUAACUUUCCAGUCUUCAGCUAUCACAAUGGGAUCCUGGGGCAGGAAACGCCUUCCCUCUCACAUGACUGCUACUCUGAAGGCUACAUCGAAGGAGUCCCAGGCUCUUUUGUGUCUGUGAGCACCUGUUCAGGCCUCAAGGGCAUUCUGAUUAAGGAGGAACAGUUCUAUGGCAUAGAGCCCCUAGAGUCUUCAGAAAAGUUUGAACACAAGCUGUACACCAUGGCACAGCCAGCUCCUGUCUCCUGUGGUGUGACCUCCAGGGUGAGUCAAGGGGUGCCCAUCCACCAGCAACAAGGGGGCAGGAAGCCUCCACAUCCGAAGAUCCUGUCUUCCUUGUGGUCACAGCCCAAGUAUGUGGAGAUGUUUGUUGUGGUGAACCACCGGCGGUUCCAACUGUGGGGCAGUAACAUCAACGAGACCAUCCAGGGAGUGAUGGGCACCAUUGCUCUGGCCAACAUCUUCACUAAGGCAAUAAACACAGAGGUGGUGCUGGCUGGAAUGGAGAUCUGGACGGAGGGAGACCUCAUAGAGGUCCCAGUGGACCUGCAGGGGACACUCAGCAACUUCAACAGCUGGAGGCAACAGGAGCUCGCGAGUCGUGUGCAGCACGAUGUUGCCCACAUGAUUGUUGGGCAUCAGCCCGGCCAGACCACGGGACAGGCAUUUCUCAGCGGGGCCUGUUCCAGCGGCUUUGCGGCAGCAGUUGAGGCCUUCCAUCAUGACGAUGUCCUGCUGUUUGCCGCACUCAUGGCCCACGAGCUGGGGCACAACUUGGGGAUUCAGCACGACCAUGCAGCCUGCAUUUGUAAAGAGAAGUACUUCUGCCUCAUGCAUGAGAACAUCACAAAAGAAGGGGGCUUCAGUAACUGCAGCUCUCAGGCCUUCUCCCGGUUUCUCCAUGAACUCCAAGGGGAGUGUCUGUUUAACAAGCCAGGGCCUGUAGCUCGACAGCGGAGGUCUUCCACCUGUGGGAACGGUGUGGUGGAGGAGACCGAGGAGUGUGACUGUGGGCCCACGUGUGACAGUCACCCCUGCUGCGACCCCUUAUGUAAACUGAACGCAGACGCACAGUGUAGUCAGGGACUCUGCUGCUCUGAGUGCCAAUUCAGGAGGAGGGGACACACUUGUCGUCCUUCCGGAGAUGAGUGUGACCUCCCUGAGUACUGUGAUGGGGAGUCUGCAGAAUGCCCUGCAGACACCUAUAAGCAAGACGGCACAUCCUGUGAAGAAGGUAACUACUGUUUCCAGGGUCAGUGCAAGAACCCUGACAGGCAGUGUGUGAGUAUUUAUGGGAUGUUUGCAAGAUCAGCAUCAGAACACUGCUACUUGUCAAUGAACAGCAAAGGAGACCGCUUUGGAAACUGUGGCCGCCCCUCUGAGAUGGAGCCAGUCCAUGCUAGGUGUAUAGGAGAUGACAUAUUCUGUGGAAAACUUGUGUGUACGGAUGUUACACAAUUGCCAACUAUCAAGUCCACAUACACACUCAUCCAGGUCCCUUAUCUGGAUGGCUGGUGUUGGAGUAUGGAUGCCUCUGAUGGUGCCAACAUCUCUGACAAGGGAGACGUGCAGAAUGGCACCUACUGUGCCCCACACAAAGUCUGUAUGAAUCAUGCCUGCGUGGCCCACACUGUGCUCAACUAUGACUGUGAACCAGCUGAAAUGUGUAAUGGAAAAGGCAUCUGCAAUCAUUUGAGGCACUGUCAUUGUGAUGAAGGCUUUGCCCCUCCUGACUGCAUUGCACCGGGUGUCGGGGGUAGUGUGGACAGUGGUCCUCCUCCUAAUACCAAUGGCUUAAAUCCCAUUCUACAAGAAAGAAUAAAUGAUAAUAGUGGUGUUACCACAGUUGAUAGAGUUGACAAAGAUGAAAAUGAGAGUCUUGGCAACAUAGUAUAUAUCUUGCCACUGUUUCUUAUUGCAGUAUUUUUAGGUCUACUUAUUCUUGCCAUCUUCUCAGGAAGAAGAUGGUCACUAAAAACCCAAGGAGUAUCAGCAGAAAACAUUUCAGAAGAGGCCUCAGAUACCCAGCCAGAGGCAGUAGAAUAUGUAGCAAACGUGGGACCAAAGGAUUCUGGAUUAGAAGAUGAAGGAAGGAAAGGAGAGGAACAACCCGAGGUUGAACAGAAGCAUUUGGAGGAGAUGCCAAGUAUGGGAAACAGAGCCACAGAGGCUCCGAGACACAAGGCUGCAGUGGGGACUGAUGGCUCUGGUCUGGACUUAGAUUCUGAGGAAACAUUCUGA